AUCCGAGUAACUCAUCAACUGAACAAUUGGAAUAUUAUUCAAUGUUUAUUAUGAGAUUCAGAUAUUAUCUCAUGAGAUAAUAUCAUGAUUACAAUUGAUAUUCACCGAUAAUCAUGUUCAAUAUUGUAUCAUCAAUACACUUUAAUUUUGGAUUGAAAUAUGAUCAUCAGCACAGCGAUCACCUUUAAUUGUCAACAAUCAAAAACAUUAUCUGUCAAUGUAAAAGUAUUCAUGUGAUUGUUUAUCAAUAUCGUCACCAUAACAAUCCAAUGGUUAUAAUCAUUUUAAAUUGUUACUAUUUCACAAUCAAUUAAAUUAUUGUUAAUCCUUUUAUUGAAGAAAAACAAAAAGUGCCAAUCACAAAUUAACUAUUUGCAAUUAACUGAUCAUUUAAAUUGAAAUUGUUUCCAUUGUUUACUUAAUCUUGUUGUGAUUUUUUUACUCACCAAUAAACAACAUUGUCAACAUUAAUCCUCUAAUCAUCAGCAUCUUCAUCAUGAUGAUUACAUCAGCUAAUUAAUCAUUCAACAUCUCAAUUGAUUUGUUUAUUUACUUAAUUGUUGUCAUUGUUACUCAAUUUAAAAAAAAAUUCACCUUCAACACUAUUGAUUUGCAACUUAUUAACUUCCCGAUCAACACUAAUUAAAUUUUCACCUUGAUAACAAUUAAAACUUCAUCACCAUCACCAUCAUCAAGCCUGGAUUCAUUUAAUCAACAUCAACAAAGAUCAACAACAAUUAAAACUAUGGAUCAUUGGGGAAUCUGGGAUUGGACUAAAUUCAUUUGCUGUAAUCGACCUUUGGAAAUAGCCAAUGAUACCAAUAGCUUAAAGCAAAGGUCAUUUUAUGAAAGUGACAUUGGAUAUACAGCUCAGGAAAUCCAUGAACAACAUCAAAGGCUCCAUCAUCUUGUCCAGCAACAGUUACAACAACAACAAUUGUCAUCAUCCCAUCGUCGAUCUCAAGAUGAUCCUGGAAUUGAUGAUGAAGAUACAAUUAUCGGUAAUGAUUCUUGUUUACAUGAUGCUCAGAGGCGAUCUGUGAUAGGCUAUAACAAUAAUAAUAAUAAUAAUAAUUCAACGGUCAACCUUUAUGAAGAUACAACUACCUAUCGUCAUAGCUCAACUUUACUUGGUCUUAAUCCACAUAAUGAUUAUGAAAGAUUAAAGGUUACUGGUCGUAAUUCUGAUAUUGAUUCAGUCAAUCCAUCCAGACGUAAUAAUUUAAACAACAUAAAUAACAAUAACAAUAAUAAUAAUAUAAAUAAUAAUUGUAAAAAUAAUAAUAGAAACAGUGAUUCCAAUAUAAGGACUUCCAAUAAAACCUUAUUGGAUAUAACUAAUCAUCAAAAUUAUCCGCAUCAAUUAAUCACCAUGGAUGGUUUAAGGAAUCAAUUGGUUCGCAGGAAAUCAGGAACUGGAUCAACCAGUACCACUGCCCUUCGUCCACCAACAGUUGAACGUUGUGAUCAACUUCAGGUUACCCUAAGGGGCUGGUUGUAUAGAUUAGAAGGUGGAGCAAUUAAACAAUGGAAACGUCGAUGGUUCGUUUUGGGUGAUUAUUGUCUAUUUUAUUAUAAAGAUUCGAAUGAGGAAAAGUGUCAUGGAUCCAUAUUAUUGCCCAGUUAUCGUGUUUCCCUUUGCCGUUCAACUGAAGAUGGAAUCACAAGAAAGUAUAGCUUCAAAUUGGAACAUCAAAAUAUGAAAACUUACUUUCUGGCCGCCGAUUCAAAGGAAUCUAUGGAACAAUGGAUGACAGCUCUAAAUUUGGCUUCUAUUAUGCAACUUAAUUAUGGUUCAUCUGAUUCAAAUGGUAACUCUACCGGUAAUAUUAACUCACUUAGUCGGAGAAAUUUAUCUUCUGUCCAACAAGCGGCCACAAUUACAGGUAAUCUGGUUGGCUAUGGUAAUCCAGAGGCUUGUAAUCAUCCUGAUGGAUCAGAUGUUACCGAUUCAAGGAUAAUGAUGAUCCCUGGAUCAGUUGGUAAUGUUGGUAAAGGAUAUCCAACCCGGUGUCUUAGCGGUGGUAUGACUGGUGGCGGUGGUGAAGAAGAGGAAGACUCUGGGUUUAACUCUUACAUCCCUCGUCGUCCGCCGAUGCCUAAUUCACUCAACAAUUCAUCAACUGAUUCCUCAGGCUACCUUCCAGCUGGAGCUAAAUAUCCUGGUUCCUACAAUUGUAUUGGUCUUCCACCAAUGUCUUACCAUGGUUCCUCAUACCUGGCUGGUCAUUCAGCUGCUAAUCCACAAUUGUCUUCAUCACUAAUCUACCCAGCACCAGCAACUCAUCAGAAAAGGUCACAUUAUGCAAAUGCACCACCCAAACCAAGACGGCAGCAAUUAGAUGAAUCGGGUGUCCUUAAUUGUAGUGAUUUGUAUCCAGUAACAAAUGAAUUUGGAGCUAUUCCACCAGGAUCAAUAUAUAAUACUAGUAACACUAAUCAGUAUUUUAGUCCAGGUAAUGGACCAGCUCCUGAUUUAAUUGCUCAUAACAAUGCAAAUACCAAUGUCUCCAAUAACUCACCUAACAGUGGUGGCAACGUUGCCCCUGUUUCUACCUCUAACGAUCCAAAUAAUAGUAUUAGCAGUAAUAAUAGUAACAAUAAUAUAAUUUCCAAUCAAAAUGGUGCCAACAAUGGUGUCAACACUAACACUAAUACCAACUAUUAUCAAGGGUCUCCAUUUAAUCCUUCGGAUUAUCCUCAACCCGAUGGACUUAACAUGCAAUAUCAAUUAACAUCACCCAUGUCACCCACUGCAAAUUUGAAUCAGCAUUACUCUAUUCCACCGCCAUCACAGUUUACAGUGUCAACCAAUCAAUUAUCAGGUUAUCAUCAUCAUCACCCUAUUCAGCAACAAAUUCAAUCACAACAAGCUCAACAACAACAACAACAACAACAACAACAAUCCUCUGCAAAUCAAUUUUCUAGGACAAGAUUACCUCCUCGUCCUCAUUCAGCUGAUUUUCUUGAUAGAGAAGCUCAAGACGAAGAUGAAAUGACUGAAAUUGAAAACUGUUAUCAAACUGGCAAUGUAAAUGGUAAUUCAUCAUCAUCAAAAUCAAAUGGUGCUCAUCAACAAUACUAUCAACAGCAACAGCAACAACAACAAUCAACAACAGCACCAGCUCAUCAUAACAAUGCAACCGGUCAGGUUGAUUCUGCUCAACAAAAUGCUAACAAUGGUAACAAUACUAAUCAACAAUCAAUUCAAACACCAAAAAUACUGCCAAUUCGUCCUAAAUCAAGUCUGGAAAGGUAUGAUCCAUACUAUUAUACCAAUCAAAUUGAAUAUGGAACAAGUAAUGGCCCUGUUAAUCAACAAUCACAAUCACAACAACAACAAUUAACAUCACCACCACCUAGACCUUGGUCUGAUUACCUACAACAACAAGCAGCUCGUCAGCAGACUACCGUUUCCCAACAACAACCAUUACAAGCAACAACAUCAAAUGGGUUACCAGCUAAUGCUUCUAGACCCAAGGGAAUUAAUUUUCCACCUUCAAAUUUGGACAUUUCACCACGAGGUCAACAAGAUCGUGAUGUUAGUUUACUUCGGUUACUUGAAUGGAAACAAAAAAUGCUCUCUGGCCCAUUGAAUAAACGCAAUAAUUCAUCAAAUAAUAAUACCUCAAAUACCAAUAUGGCCACUUCAACCGGCGGUGGAUCUAAAGGAAUCAUCUCUGGAUCAGCUAAAUCACCAUCACACCAUCAACAUCAUUUACAACAUUCUCAUCAUUUGAACAGUUCCCUUGGUUCUGAUUUAACCUUCUCAGAUGUACCUAUGCGACCUCCUUUACCCAAAGAGUAUCGAAACAAAAUGGGUCUACCCGAUUAUCCUCAUAACUCAGGCGGUGGGUUCAUGGGAGUACCAGGAGACAUGAGAUCUCGAGAAGAGCCAAUAUUCAGCAGGGAACGUUCAAAAAGUAUCGGUUCAUCUUUUCCCGUGGCCGAUAUAACCUAUUCAUCUGAUGACGAAGCAAUUAAAUCAGGAUCAAAUGAUGCAACUCUCCAGGAAUCUACUACCACUACUGUUAAUCGGGUUAGACGUCGACAUGAAAGCUGUGGAAAUCCACUUAAUACAUCAAGUACAUCUAACGAGAAUAAUACUAAUCAACAAUCAAAAGAGUCACAAUUAACUUCGGCAAUGGUUGUUGGUACAACUGAAUUACCAGUUGAUCGAACCUGUGCCUCACCUGAUUAUAUGAAUAUUAAUCAAUUGUAUUCAAUUCCAGCCAAGAUGAUUACAUCUAAUCCAUCUUACUUGGGACCAAUAGGAUCACCAUCAGUAGUUGAUUGUAAUUUAAUUGAAACUAAUCACAUGAUGAAUCCAAAUUAUAAUAUUGUCACCACUGCCACCGCUGUUAUGGCCAAUACAACGAUUGACGGUGAUGCAACUACCUCAAUGGGCUCAUCAUCCUCUGUAUUACAACCCGGUGUCACAUCCUUACCUCGUAGUGUAGGUGAUGGUCAAGAAUCUCAAUCUAAUUUAGAUAAUUUCGUUAAGCGUGAAGACUAUUACAAAGCACCAUCCACGUUACGACAACCUGACCUAACAAUGUCAACUCAUUUACCUUCUCAUCAUCAUCAUCCACAGUCAUCAUCAUCAUCAUCAUCCAUGAUGAUGGCUAUGAUGACAACCGGUGUGCCAAUACCAGUAGUUGCAAAUCAAUCUAUGAGCACAGGUAAUGUUUUAAUUGAUCCAUCCCUAGUAUCAUCAUGUUACACACAACAAUUGUCCACAAAUUGUCAACAAUUUGCCACUUAUAAUACAGUAACAUCAAUCCCAAUGGGUAUACCAGUAACAUCAGUCAUCCCCAACAAUAUUGGUGUAUCCAACAUGGGUAAUGUCAACAACAACAACAACAAUCCAAUGUCAGGAUAUUCAGGUUAUCCUGAACAAUGGGUUGACCCUGUAGUUGAUCCUAAUCAAAUGUCCCGGUAUCUUGCCCAUGGAACCAAAUUGGUACCAUCAACAAGUUCAUUACACCCAUGUAGACCAGCAAGUUGCGGACCCAGUGGACUCAAUGUUUCCGGUACCAUAGUCAAUCAAUCAAAUAACCCAAACACAAGUAUAUCCAACAAAAUGGCUCCACCACCACCACCGCCAAAGCCUCAGUCUAAAAAUACAACAAUUUUACCUACAAAAACUCAUAUACCAAGCACCGCACCUUAUGUUGAUACUAUUGAACCAAGGGAUUAUCCCACUCGAGUUUUAGAAGAUAAAACUUCAAAUACCUCCAAACAUGGUAAUAUUAUUGUUGACGCUGAAAACAAUGUGGUUGUUAAUGCAUCAAACAUCAUUCAAAAUGUUGUUGAUAACAAGGGUAAGCAUUUUGUUGAACCUGUUAAACCUGAAGAAACUAUUGCACCUCCAGCUAAUUUUGUUAAAGAGAGAAUCGCAUUAUUGGAAUCAAAGGUUAAUAAUAAUGAAAGUGAUCCAUUAAAUGUUGCACAACAAUCAUCAUGUUCAUCUGCUUUAUCAUCAUUAUCAUCAUCUACAUCGUUAAAAGUGGAGGGAAAACAGCAAAAUGUUAACCUUCGUAAUCAGAGUAAAAUAUUUCGUGAAAUUUAUAGUGAGCCUGAUGUUGCAUUAGGUUAUCAAGAGAGUGCUGAUAAAUUAGCAACGAUAUCACAAUCAACAUCAUCAUCAGCAACAACAUUCUCGGUUCUUGCUGAUUUAAGGAAAACCGCUGAAUCAAAUCGAGGAGAGAGACAAUUAACUUCAUUAGAAUCAAGUGCAAGUGGUAAUCAUAAAGAGGGUGAAACAACACCCUUGAGUGACCGUGGGGAAGCUGAUGGAAGCUCAGGUUCCAAUCAACCAGUUUGCUCGAAAUCAUCAAUUCUUGCCAAUAAUCAUAAGCAAACAGUUGGUGGUGGUUCUUCAUCAAUUGAUCAAUCAUCUGUACCUUUUACAGGAUAUGAUGAUAAAGGAGAAGAUGCUGAUGAUGAGUUGAGUCGAGAAUUUGAUUCAAGUCAAUAUAAUGCAAAUAAUAUUCCAAUAAGUGCCAAACAACAACAGAAACAAAUAUUAUCAACAAUGGUGACAACAGGGUCUGUUAAUGUCUCAAGAAGAGGAGGACAUAAUUUACAGAAUUUAACUGAUUGCGUGCCAACAUCAUCCCUUUCGCAGUUAACUAAAGGUGACCCAUUAUCAUCUUCUUCAUCAACAGUUACCUUUAAAUCAGUGCCAGAACUUGUAAUGGAUUCUAGUUCAUCUUAUUCUACUUCUAUGGAUAAUCCUGCAUAUGUUAGUUCCUCAUACCUUGAAUUUGCCAUAAAAGAAACUGAUGAGAAACAACAACAAGAUGAAAAUGAUACAAAUUCAGGUUCAUGCGAUGAAAAAACUGAGCCCCAGGAGCAAAAAUGUUUGGAUACAAAUGAAGUAAAAUCAGGAUCAUUAGAAGACAUUGCCAACCUUCCCGAAGCUCCAAAAAUUGCUCCAUAUUAUUAUUCAGAUCUAUUACCUAAUAAUAGUGAUGGUCUAGAAUUACCUAUCAAUUAUCGGGAGAGGGAGAAAUUAUCAUCACGGUUACAGCGAGUUAAUAAUCAUAAUUAUGGUGCAGCCCGAAAGGGAGGUGGAGUAAUUGGUGAAGAUGAACAAUCGAUUUCCAUUGGUGCAUCGGGUAAAAAGCGAUGUGUAACCCCUGAAGUUAUUAUGGAAGCAAAUGAAAAACCACCAUCAUUUGUCCGUGACAAUCAACUUCGAUCAAGCUUACGUUAUACUGACAGUUUACGAUCUGAAAAGAGAAAGUCAAAAUCCCUUGAAAAUUUGGACGAUGAUCAUUUAUAUGAGAAUCUAGAAUUUAUCAGAUCAACAAAUCCUCAUGAGUCUACUAAAAUUGAUGGAGAAAUGAUGAUUAAUCAUCCGAAUAGUGAUGAAAUAUUACCUAAACUUCCAGUGAAACAGAAAAAUAUCCUCAUGACGGAUAAUGUUAAUAAUAGUAGAAAAAGUAACGUAACUUAUUCACAAAUCCGUAAAGUAGUUAAAUUUGAUGAUACUUUGGAUCAUCGAGAUGAACAUGAUCAAAUUGGAGAAGAGAAGAUGAAAAAAGAACCAACAUCAACAACGACAACAACAACAACACCACCAUCAUCAUCAUCAGUAAUGAUGGAAACUGAAUCAGAGUCAGAGAGAUCAUUGAUUGAAGGAGAAGGCUCACAAUCUGGUUCCUAUUUGGAUAAGAAAUUGAAAAAGAGACGCUCACCAAGGAAUCGACGAUCUCAAGAUGAUUUGAAAAAUGUUUCCGACUCUGAGACAACAUCUAAACCUCCACCACCCCCACCUCUCCCAUUGGGUUAUAAUCAACAUGGUUAUCCCUAUUAUUGUGUAACUGAAAACAACAACCAUUCAAGUAAAUUACAGAGGAAAUUGUCUCGCUCAGUUGGAACUGGAUUACAAAAUGAGCAAGACAUUUAUAAUUCAAAGAUUUUCUCUUCAGCGGGUGAACUAUUGGGUAAAACUCAUGAGGAAUUGGUUCUUCUUUUGAUUCAACUUCGACGAAAUCAAUCUCACCUUGCAUCUACUUGUGAUUCAUUAAGAUUACAAAUGGAAUCUGAGGAGAAAAUGAUGGAAAUUGAACCACAACGACGAGAGGAACAUAAAAGUCGCUACAAAGAGCUAAGAGAGAGUCUAUUGGAAGCAGAGAGACAAUAUGAGAGUCAAUUCCCUGUCAUAGAUAUGGUGGACAAUAUGGUUAAACUUAAUCAUCCUGGUCCUGGAACUUCAGUCUCUCGAAAUCGACAACAACAACAACAACAAUAUUCCAAGUCUCACCUUCCUCAAAGCCAAAAUAAUCAAUUUAAUCGAGAUUAUCAUUAUAAUCAACAGCUCGAUUCUUCACCAACCGAUAAUGAUAACGAUUCUGACUUCAAGAGAGGAAAAGCCGUUUCUACUUCGUUCCUUGACCGUUUCCCUGAAUCUCAAGGUGCUGCUGGAGUUUCAGCUUCAUCUUCAACGACAGUUGCUCAACCUUCAGUGUCUCAUCCUCCACCCAUGGUCCCACAACGAGGUGAACAACUAAAAUUCACCAACUAUUUGUCACCUCCAAAGAAAAAAGAGACGACAGAAGAUGAGGUAGAAUCAGAGGAUCAAGUUACUGAACAAGAGAAACUAAUUCAUUACCUGAAACAAGACAAAGAUAUUUUAGAGAAAACUCUAGAAGGUGUUAGAUCAUCAUUAACCGAUUUAAGUUUAAAUGAUGGUAGCGAUGGUGAUGAUCCUCGAUCAGCAUCUUCCAAUGUUGACAAAAUGAAACAACAACAGCAAAUGUUGGAAGGUGAGCUUGGUCGUGUUCGAGGUCUCAUCGUACAAUCAGCAAAACGAUUAGAGCAAAGAUCAAUUGAAGAUCCAUGGAAUGAUUCAGAUGUAAUUUUGGCUCGUUCACAACUCGAGCAAAUGUUAUCCGCAACAUCAACACCAACCACAGCAACAGCCACCAAUAGUUCAUCCUCAAGUUCCAGUAAAAGCUCAAAUCGACCUGGUCCAGUUAGCCUGGAGGCAGAAUUAGCUAACAUUGAUUCAGCGAUUGAUAGUUUACAUGCUAAACGUAAAGAAAUUUUGGAAAAUUUUAAAAAAACCAAAUCUGAUUCAACGACAGCAACAACAGCAUCAACAACUACAUCACCUACUUCAGGUCAUCCACAGCAGCAACAAUCAAUAUCGGUACUAAAUAACAAUCAAUCAGCUGGUAAAACCAAUACUUCAACCAGUUCUGGCUAUGGUGAAACAGAUAUGGAUAGUAUGGAGUCUCGAGAUAUGACCCCUUUUAAUUACCUGAAAGGUUAUCAACAAAUUUCACCGGAAGAGGAACUGGCAACUGCAUCAUCAUCUGGAUCUAAUAAUGUUUACGAAAAUUUAGAUUCCAAUUUAGUCAAUUAUAGUUAUAAAAAUAAUACCAGUCGAUCAGUUUCAAGUAAUAAAAUUAAUGGUGGUCGCUCAAUUGAUGAAUAUUUAGAUGAUAAUCAAGGUAGAUCUGAUGAUUCAACCAGUGAGACAAUUUCGACAACAACAUCAACAACAGCAACUACAACAAGCACCAUAACAUCAAGAGGUGACAGAGGAUUUGUACAAGAAUCAAAUGCUUCCCAAAUGAUGAGUUGUUAUAAUAAUGAUAAUAAUUAUGGUGAUUAUGGUGAAUCAAGUGAUGGUCAACAAUAUACUUUCCAACAGCCUUUAUUGGCCUCAAAUAAAACCGUUCGUUUGGUUAAACGAGAAUCGGAAAGACGUCGUGUUACCAAUAAAUUAACUACUUACACAGCCACUUCGUCAACAAUUAACUAUAACAAUAAUAAUCUAAAUAAUACUCAAUAUUUUCAGCAUUUUCCUCAAGAAAAUGAUCUGUCCGAUUUUCCGGUUUAUACGGUUAAUCAUUCAGAUGGUUCAACAACAAUUGAAUCUAUUGGUGGAGGUAAUUGUGAUAAUCAAUUUACCUAUGAUACGGUAACCGGUAAAAGGCCAUCAACUCUUAAUUUAAUUGAAUCAUCAUCAUCAUCAACAACAGUAGCAUCAACAACACCAUCAUCAUCUAUGAAAACUACAACAAUCAAAUCAGAUGAAAGAAAAGAGAUUGAUUCAAGUCCACAAUCCAUGAGAUCAUCUUUAUCCAAUUCCGCUAAUGAUUUACCCGCUCUGGUCAUGGUUGGUUCCUCUUCGUGUACAUUUUCCGGUAAAGAUGACCUUGACCUCGACAAGAUAAACAAUGGUGACCUUAUAAUUAGACCGACAACCUCAACUUCAGGUUAUCUAUCAAAUGUUAGUCAACUUCAUCUUUCUUCAAAUUCAUCACCAACUUGCUCACCUUCGGCUCUAUCAACAACAUGGCGCUCGAUCGAUGAAGAUGAUUUUAUUGAUAAACCAACAAGCGCUAAAAUGAUGUACAACAAUCAACCUUUAAUCGCCUCACCUCAGUCAUACAAAACAACAACUCAAUCAACAACAAUUAACACUCGACAUGUAACUGGUACUCCUGAUCUAGUUAAAAGUACAAAAAGUAAAUCACCUGAACCAUUUAAUGAAGAAAGGACCAUUAAUGAAAUUGAUUCAGUUCACAAAACUGAAAAUGGAUCUGAACUUAAUGAAGAAAACACCUUGGACGAACUAACCAAACGAACCAUGAAAGCGGAAUCAUUUCGUAAAAUGCUUUCAGACGCUGCAUAUACUUCCUACACUCCGAUUCACCGUCGGGGUCAGUCCAUAAAUUCAUCUUUUCGCUCGACAAUCGGAGGGCUUCCAUCGUCAUCAACGGGUUCCAAUGUUGAUGAUGAUUCUUGUCUUGAUGAUAAUCAGCCGCUUCGAAAGACUUGCUCCUCAAUGGACAUUCAGAAUAUUGAUUCAUCCUCCCAAAAGGCCAUUUCUCAAGAUGUAAAAACGAUCUUUGUUCAAGAAAAACGUCGACGAGCUGAACUUUUGGCCUUAAAUUCAGAAAUAGCUAAAGAGGCAACAGAGAGAAGUCGCAAAGUUUCAAGUAUUGCUCAUGGAACUCACUCUCCAUCAUCAUUCAUCUGAACGAUAAAUAAUUGAAUCUUCCUAUUCCAAUGCCAAAUCAACUUGAAUCAUAGUUUGAUCUUCGAUAAUUAUGCAUUUAAAUUUAGAAUUUAAUUCAAAAAGAUGCAGAAUUAAGAAAUUUCGUAUUUUCUUAAUCACUUAUUGAAUCUCUCUAAUCAACUAAUCUAAGGAACACUUAGAAUCAAUUUCCCCGGUGGAAAGGAAACUAAAAAAGAAAACUAAUUGAUAUUAAAUCCUCUUGAUUGAAAGAAACACGCACAAAAUGAUAACCUAAAAUAAGAAUUGAAAUGAAUACUUAUCAUCUUAAUUGUCAAUUGUUUGCUUGUCAACAAUUAGAGAAACUUGUAAAUUUAAUUGAAUCCUAAAUCCUGGUCAACAAUUAAUAUCUAAUUUCAUCUAAUGGAAAUUUUUUUCCAAUCCUUCCCUCUCAUGUUAUAAUUAUCAAAUCAAUUCUCAAAUUAGCAGAUAUUCAACUCAUUUUUAAUUACGCUAAAUUGUUAAAUUGAUCAUGUUCAAUUGUUCAACUCCCAACCCUGGCCAACUAAUCAACUGUAAUUAAUUGUGUGAUUUAGACAAAGAUGAUGCGUUCAAGCUCAGUAAAAAAUCAAUCUACUCUUUUUUUUAUACAACAAUUAAUAUGUAAAUUAACUGAAAACGAUGUCCGAGUGUCCGGGAUAAUUGUACACACCAAGAAUUGGAAAACAAGAAAACAAUUAACUGAUCAAUCGGCAAAUUGUAAUCAACUUUAAUCACCAUCAAUCAUUAUACUUUUUUCCCCUUCAACGCCAACGAGCAAUUUAAUUUUCCAAGCCUUUCAGAUAAUAACUAAUUACUUUGAAAAAAAAAAUAUAAUUACUUAACUAUGCUUGUAUUUACCAAAUCAACUACAUACUUAUAAUGAGUGUUUAAACAAAUUAAUGAUUAACUAAAUUGUAAAAUGUGAUUAAACUUAAUCGAAGCUGAAAAAAAACUUUGUUUUUCAAAUUCAACCGCUCUAAACAUAUAAA